UAGACCGACGGAGCUGGAACCGCUCACAUCACAUUCUUCAUCUCAUCAGAGCCCGGUGAAGGACCUACCCAGCAUACAACAUCACUUAGCUAGCUAGGUUAUUGGACCUCUGACUAAACGAUACGAAUAGAGACCUAAAACCUCUCGAUUUACUAGCUAGCUAGCUAGCUAUCAUUUUCAUUUACUGUCAUCCAUGAGAUUCUUCAGGCUAUCAUUCAAGUGCUUCGUCGACUGCUUUUGAAUUCCCUCUCCCCAACGUCUGACGCGACGCUUUGUAAAUAUUGCAUUUAUUGUUGAAGGGCACCAACUCGUUAUGAUAAAUUAAAAAAUCUACAUUUUUUUUUGAUAACAAGAAGGCGAAAAAGAAACCAAGGAAAGAACUGGAGAACUGCAUAGCUUCUCUCGCUGUCUCUCUCCCCCUCCGAGGCGCACUGAGUAUCUUGAUAUAGCGUCACUAGCUACUAGCUAGCUGCACUUGGCUCUACCCACCUAACGUUACCCGGUUUAUUUAAACCUAAUCAAUCAACAUGUCGCCAGAAGUGGAAGAGAACUCCCCAGGUGAUGUGCGGCUCUCCCAGAUGGAAGCAGGGAUUCCAUCUGAGGAGGAGGGUGGUGUGGCUCGCCCCCUAGUCCCUGUGCCUGGGGUUGGGGUGGGGGCAGGGGGGUGUGAGGGAGGGGGAGGACAGACCCAAACACAGCCUCAGGUCCAGGCUACAGCAGUACCGUAUGUGGAGAGAGAGACCUGGACCAGACAGAUGGACUUCAUCAUGUCCUGUGUGGGCUUCGCUGUGGGGCUGGGCAACGUGUGGCGCUUCCCUUACCUCUGCUACAAGAACGGUGGAGGCGUGUUCCUGAUCCCCUACAUGAUUAUUGUGUUCAUCGGAGGUAUUCCCGUGUUCUUCCUGGAAAUCGCUCUUGGUCAGUUCAUGAAGCAAGGAGGGGUCUCUGCAUGGAACAUUGCCCCUCUCUUUAAAGGUCUUGGCCUGGCCUCCAUGGUAAUAGUGUUCUUCUGUAACACCUACUACAUCAUGAUCCUGGUGUGGGGCUUGUACUUCCUGCUUCACUCCUUCACCAACCCAUUACCCUGGGCUACCUGCGGGCACCCCUGGAACACCCUCAACUGCACCGAAAACUUCCGCCGGGCUUGCCACAACCGCAGCACCCUGCCUCUCCUCUCCUCCACCCCCGAUCCCUCUAUCCCCACCUCCCUCCUCUCGUCGGUGGUAUCCUCCCCACUCAACCUCUCAUCCUCUACUCUGCUCCUCUUCAACGGCAGCUGCGUGGAACCAGAGGGCAUGCGCUCGCCAGUCAUUGAGUUCUGGGAGCGUAAGGUGCUCCGUCUCUCUGGUGGUCUGGAUGAGCCUGGUGACAUCAGCUCUCACAUGGUCCUCUGUCUGAUCGCCACCUGGGUUAUUGUUUACUUCUGCAUCUGGAAGGGAGUCAAAGGCACAGGCAAGGUAGUGUACUUCACAGCUCUGUUUCCUUACCUGGUCCUGGUGGUUCUGUUGGCCCAUGGUGUAACCUUACCUGGAGCGCUGGAUGGGAUUGUGUACUAUCUGAAACCAGACUGGUCCAAACUCUGGGAAGCCCAGGUGUGGAUCGAUGCUGGCACUCAGAUCUUCUUCUCCUAUGCCAUUGGUCUGGGUGCUUUAACUGCCCUUGGCAGCUACAACCGCUUCCACAACAACUGCUACCAAGAUGCGUUUGUUCUAGCUAUGAUCAACAGUGGGACCAGUUUCUUUGCAGGGUUUGUGGUGUUCUCAGUGCUGGGCUUCAUGGCUGCAGAGCAGGGGGUCGACAUCAGCAAGGUGGCCGAGAGUGGUCCAGGCCUGGCCUUCAUAGCCUAUCCCAAGGCUGUUACUCUGAUGCCUAUGGCUCCAGUCUGGGCAGCGCUCUUCUUCUUCAUGCUGUUGGUACUGGGCCUGGAUAGCCAGUUUGUUGGGGUGGAGGGCUUUGUCACGGGGGUCAUGGACAUGCUACCGCCCAAAUCUAUGGCGGGCUCGCUGCGUCGUGAGGUUGUCGUGGCGAUAUGCUGCAUCACCUGCUUUUUCAUCGACCUCUCCAUGGUAACAGAGGGAGGGAUGUAUGUGUUCCAGCUGUUUGACUACUACUCUGCCAGUGGGAUCACACUGCUCUGGCAGGCCUUCUGGGAGUGUGUGGUGGUGGCCUGGGUCUAUGGUGCAGAUCGUUUCAUGGAUGAUGUGGCUCGUAUGAUUGGCUACCGGCCGAUGCCCUACAUGAAGUGGUGCUGGUCCUACAUCACGCCCCUUGUUUGUGUGGGAGUGUUCCUGUUCCACGUGGUGAACUACAAGCCCCUGACCUAUAACUCAGUGUAUACCUACCCCUUGUGGGGGGAGGCGCUGGGCUGGUGUCUGGCCCUCUCCUCAAUGCUCUGCAUCCCCAUCACUGUCCUCUACAAACUACUGCGCUGCAAAGGAUCCUUCACAGAGCGUUGGCAGCACCUGACCACUCCGGUGUGGGGUCGACAUCACAUGGAGUACUUGGCUCCUGAGUCUGAGGCCAAACUGCUGCCCCCUAAUGGCCAGACCAAAAACACUUUGCUGUUUGAGAGUGUCAUCUGACCAUCUGAGCCCCACAGAAUCCACCCCCUCGUUUCCCACUCAGAACCCUACGUCCCAAAUACACACUCACACAAACACACAUAGAUACAUACACACACCCUGCCUUGGCCCAUCCAUAAAUGCACAGGAAGGCCACUCUGAAGCCGAUCAAACACACACACUGAACAGCCCUGGACCAAUGGACCAAAGAAAAGAUGGGACAAAAGCUCAGAUACACAAUCAAUACAGGCUGACAUUCUUUCUGUUUUCCUCUACCUCUCUCUCUCUCUCUCUCAAGGGCUCUGAGUCUCUGUGCCUCAGUGCUGUCCUUUCCUGCCUCGUCCUGUGAUUGUGUUGUGAUGUCGAAUGCAGCUGCGAUAUUUGCCCCCCCAUCCCAUCCCACCUCUACUGUGCCUCUCCCUUUUUCCUCUCUUGUCUGUGUGUGUCCCUCUCCUCCAUGUGUAAUGGAUUCUGUGGGGCGGUUCAGUGCUGCUGACCCAGUCUGUAGUAACCCAACAUACCCUGUUGAUGGUGCUGAAUGAGUAUUACUGAUCCCAAGCUGGCAAACACUUAUCUGUCUACUGUAGAUCUGACUGUGUGUGUGUGUGUGUGUGUGUGUGUGUGUGUGUGUGUGUGUGUGUGUGUGUGUGUGUGUGUGUGUGUGUGUGUGUGUGUGUGUGUGUGUGUGUGUGUGUGUGUGUGUGUGUGUGUGUGUGUGUGUGUGUGUGUGUGUGUGUGUGUGUGUGUGCGCGUGUGACUUAAGGCGAGAGGUACUGUGCUCUAUGUUAUCUGUGUCCGUCUUUGACUCUGAGCUCAACCUGUCACCCGACCACUAUUUUCUAUCCUCCCUCAUCAGUCAAACUGUUAAGAAACCUCCCUCUGUAAAUGAGAAAAACAGCUAAGCAUCACCACUUUUAGUGUAACUAACUAACUUACUAACUUAAGUGUCUUGAGUAUUGUGUGAGUCUGUGAAUCAGUGUUAAUAUUCGGGAGGGGAUUGUAAUCAGCAUUUCCACCUUGUGAGAGAGAGAGAGAAGCCUACUGAUUUAGAAAGAGGGAGAGGGAGGGAGAGAGAAGCCUACCAAUGGAGAAAGAGGGAGGGAGAGGGAGGGAGAGAGAAGCCUACCAAUGGAGAAAGAGAGCGGGGGAGAGGGAGGGAGAGAAGCCUACCAAUGGAGAAAGAUAGCGAGGGAGAGGGGGAGAGAAGCCUACCAAUGGAGAAAGAGAGCGAGGGAGAGGGAGGGAGAGAAGCCUACCAAUGGAGAAAGAGAGCAAGGGAGAGGGAGGAGAGAAGACUACCAAUGGAGAAAGAGAGCGAGGGAGAGGGAAGGAGAGAAGCCUACCAAUGGAGAGCGAGGGAGAGGGAAGGAGAGAAGCCUACCAAUGGAGAAAGAGAGCAAGGGAGAGGGAGGGGGAGAGAAGCCUACCAAUGGAGAGGGAGGGAGAGAGAGAGAAGCCUACCAAUGGAGAGAGAGAGAGAAGCCUACCAAUGAAGAGCGAGGGAGUGGGGGGAGAGAGAGAGAAGCCUACCAAUGGAGAAAGAGAGAGAAGCCUACCAAUGAAGAGCGAGGGAGUGGGGGGAGAGAGAGAGAAGCCUACCAAUGGAGAGAGAGAGAGAAGCCUACCAAUGAAGAGCGAGGGAGUGGGGGGGGAGAGAGAGAGAAGCCUACCAAUGGAGAAAGAGACUGAGGGAGAGCAAUGUGUCUUAAUGCCAAGCCAAGAGAGAAGCAAUAAAAGACCAGAUGGAAACUUUAUUUUUUAUUCUCUUUAUUUGCAUAGACACUACCAAUAUUAUUCAUACAAAUACAUGUAUUAACAGAUACUCUCAAAGCUCAAUCACCUCUGACGGUUGCUAUAGAGAGAGUGACACAUUCAUAG